AUGAGUGAUAACAAAUCCAAACAAAGACGUAUGUUCAAGGACACUAUCAUAAAGGCAUCGGACAUUUCAGAUGAAUUGAAAGAUGAAAUCUUAAACAUUAGCCAAGAUGCCAUUGAGAAUAACGAAUUGGAACGUGAUAUUGCCAGCUCCAUCAAGAAACAACUAGAUACAAGAUAUGGUACCACAUGGAAUGUCAUUGUCGGUAAGAAUUUUGGUAGUUAUGUUACACAUGAAAAGGGCCAUUUCCUAUAUUUUUAUAUCGGUCCAUUAGCAUUUUUGAUCUUUAAAACUCCAUGA